AUGUCAACUCAAUGUUCGACUGAAGGGUAUUCGCCGCUAGCAAUUCCACUGAUUCCGGAUAUCUCUCCACAUUCGGGUCUUUAUUCUCUUGCUGCUCCCAUCAACACCAGCUCUACUUCUGGUGAGACUCAGCCGACUUCUCUUGUGAUAAUGCCUCCUGCCUCGACUGCUGAGGGUCUUUCAGCCCCCAACAGCCCUCCUCUUUCACCACUUCUAUACUUGCCCAUUACUGCCAGGUCCUGCACGGCUUCGAUAACUUCAGCCUCUUCAUGUAUAGGAGAUGCACCACGUCUCAACGCAAGCGAACACUUCCUUCUGAUGGCUGUAGAGGCUGUAGCUGGUGGUACAACUCGACUGCCAGAUGAGGAAUUGGACCUCUUGCGCACUACCAGUGCCACAGCUCUCUAUGGUGAGCAGUAA